AUAAGGUCCUUAGGUUAGAACCCCGUGGUGAUGAAGCAUCGCAGUGGCUUUAUUAAGGAGGGAAAGAGACCUGUGCACACACUUCUAUCUCUUGCUCUGUGAUGCUUUGUGAUAUCUCUGGACUCUCCAGCAAGAAGGCCACUAUCAUUUGAGGCUCCUUGGCCUUGCACUUCCAGAACUGUAAGCCAAAGUAACAAGUGCAUGCCCAGAGAAGCAGACCUGGCAGCCACCAAACAUGUCCCGGAGAAGAUUCGAUUGCCGAAGUGUCUCAGGCUUGCUGACUACCACUCCUCAAACGCCAGUGAGGAUGGAGAAUUUUAAUGAUUUCUAUACACUUACGUCCAAAGAACUGGGGAGAGGAAAAUUUGCUGUGGUUAGACAAUGUAUAUCAAAAUCGACUGGCCAAGAGUAUGCUGCAAAGUUUCUGAAAAAGAGGCGAAGGGGCCAGGAUUGCCGGGCAGAGAUUCUGCAUGAGAUAGCUGUUCUGGAACUGGCCAGGGCCUGUCCCCACGUGAUCAAUCUACAUGAGGUCUAUGAAAACGCAACGGAAAUCAUUUUGGUGUUAGAAUAUGCUGCAGGUGGAGAAAUUUUCAACCUGUGUUUACCUGAGUUGGCUGAAAUGGUAUCUGAAAAUGAUGUUAUCAGACUCAUUAAACAAAUCCUUGAAGGAGUUUAUUAUCUACAUCAGAAUAACAUUGUUCACCUUGAUUUAAAGCCACAGAAUAUACUAUUGAGCAGUAUAUACCCACUUGGGGACAUAAAAAUUGUAGAUUUUGGAAUGUCUCGAAAAAUUGGGAAUGCAUGUGAGCUUCGGGAAAUCAUGGGAACACCUGAAUACUUAGCUCCAGAAAUCCUCAACUAUGAUCCUAUCACCACAGCAACAGAUAUGUGGAAUAUUGGCAUAAUAGCAUAUAUGUUGUUAACUCAUACAUCGCCAUUUGUAGGAGAAGAUAAUCAAGAAACAUACCUGAAUAUUUCUCAAGUUAAUGUAGAUUAUUCAGAAGAAACUUUCUCAUCAGUUUCACAACUGGCCACAGACUUCAUCCAGAGCCUUCUAGUAAAGAAUCCAGAGAGAAGACCAACAGCAGAAUCCUGCCUUUCUCAUUCUUGGCUACAGCAGUGGGACUUGGGAAGCUUGGUUCACCCUGAGGAAACUUCAGGGUCCUCUCACAUUCAGGAUCAUCCCCUCAGGUCCUCGGAAGACAAGACCCCCAAGUCCUGUAAUGGAAGCUGUGGAGACCGGGAGGAUAAGGAGAAUAUCCCUGAGGACAGCAGCAUGGUUUCUAAAAGAUUUCGCUUUGACGACUCCUUGCCCAGCCCCCAUGAACUUGUUCCAGAUUUGCUGUGUUAGCACUUUUCUGUGACUCAUCUGGACUGACUUGGAAAUUUGAAAUCUUCUCUGGUGUGAGAUUGUGUUUUUGGCCUCAUAUAUGAUAUGUUUAUAUUACAAAUGCACUUUUGCUUAGAAGAACUUAGGGAACAGUUUAAAUGCUAGGUUUUUGUUUACCAGCAUAUCAUUUCCUGUCCUGAAAUUGUUUUAGAGAAAAUAUUUAAAUAUAUGACAAAAAUGUAAAUUGUGCACAUAACUUCACAUGCAACUGAAAGAAUUCAAGUGCAGUUGAACUUAUAAAAUGUUUUAAAUAUCAAGAAAAAAUGGGUUAUAUUAUGGUUAGUGGAGAUUGAACAAAAUGAAAACAUUGGAAUAUAGUAGGUUCUCCCUAAGGUGAGCCCUACGCCAUGACUCUAUUGACAAAAUUUGUUUGGGGAAAUAAUGCCAAGUAUAAACCACAACAUGUACUGAGACAUUAUUAUUAAUACUCCCGAGACACAAUUGAAAAUGCUGCCCAGUUACCAGUAACUUGAAACUAUGUAAGAUUUCCUUUGUGUGCAGUAUGUUCUGUGAGAGGUCCUGUCAACCAGAGCAGAGAGGAAGCAGGGCUGACCCAAGCUGUUUCUCUGCACGUUGAAUCAAAGCAUGGCAUCAUUUCCCAAUUCAGAUGUAUUUUUCACACACAUGAUACAUCAGAUCUAAUAAGGUCUGGAAGAUGGAUAUUCAUGGUAUGCAAAUAAAAGAUGUCCUCCUCAUCCUCUAGAAUUAUUAGAGUAGAGAAUUGGAUAAAACCAAAUGUGUUCUAAUUUCAGUCAGUUAGGCAUAUUCAUAAAGGGAAAUGGUAAGUCCAGGCAGCUUACUUAGUGUUGGGUAUCUCCUAAGUCUGAGAAUGCAAGCCUGUCAUUUAGAGUCCUCCACAAAAGUACCAGAGCAUUGGUAGAAUUGUUAACACCAGAGUCCUUAGUAGGUAACAUAAAGCAUGAUGGCUUAGGCACUGCUGGAGUUCUUAAGUAAAAUUCUUCGUUCGUGAGGAGGCUUGGUAUAUCAGGGUCCGUGUGUGUGUGUGUGUGUGUGUGUGUGUGUGUGUGUGUGUGUGUGUGUGUGUGUGUGUGUAACUACCUUCAGUCCUGAUUGGAGGAGGCUUGGGGAAUGUUCUGGUGAUUUCACAUUUGUGUCCAUCAAAAGGUCUAUAAUAAUGUCGUAUUAAGAUAACUGGUCAAAUGAAUAUUCUACUAUAUUAAACUCCAUUCCCCCCCCAAAAAAAUGAAAACUAAAAAGCCUGAAAACUAAUAAAUCCACAUUGAAGUGGGUUUAUUCUAACAGCCUGUAAAUUGUCAAAAUUGUUAAUCAAUUCUGAAUUCUUUAGAUAACUUUACACUAUUUUAAAUGAGCAUCGGGUGUUUGUUUGAUAAACAUUGCGCUCCUUUUAUCUUUGUCAUUUUUAAAGGAGAAGUUGUCCCUUGUAUAUGUGUGAGCAUAUAUGUAUGUGUACAGGUGUGUGUAUAUAUGUAUAGAUAGAUACAAUAGAGCCUUUAAGCAACCUCACAUUAGUAUUGUGCUCAACUCAGGUGCCAAAGGAGCCCACUCUUAUGGAUAAUAAAGAUGCAUUCUCUAGGAAGUCGUCUAUUGGCCCAGUAAGCUAAAUACUGAAGAUGCUACAUUUAACUCUUGUUUGUCUAAAACUGAGAUGUUGAUAAAUUAGUGAUUGCUUGUGUCUUUUCCACCAGUGUUAAUUCAGGUAAAGUCAUUAGUUGGUCAUUAGGGAAGGUUGUGAUUACUUUCCCCAAAGGUGGUAUUUUAUUAUAAAACUUUAAAAAGUAUUAUGCCAGACCCCAAAAGUAAACAUUUGAAAUUCUAAUUGUAAACCACUUGUUAAAAAUCACUUUUAAUUGUCUUUCUUUCUCUGAGGAAUCCUGAAAUAGUUUGCCUGUUCUUCUUAACGGACUGCCAAGUUUUAAACUCGCAACACCUAUUCUUGAGAUGUUGUUUAUUGUAAAACAGUAGCUACUGGUUGUACACAGAAUAUAAAAACGGUCUUUCCAUCAAGGUGAAUUUAAGUACUUCAAAUGUUGAAAUGUGGAAAUAAAUGUCUUUUGAGAGAAUUUA